AUGUUACACGAGCUUCUGCUUACUGUAGCAGUGAAAAUGGGUUUCAUUUGGGGACAGGUAUUGGUACCACCGUAUACCAAUCUGGCACUUGAUAGGAAGAUUGAAGCGUCCUCAACGUGUGGUGAGCUUAAUGGACAGCCAAUAAAAGAAAUUUUUUGUCAGAUAGCUGGCUCAAGUCAAUAUACUCCUUUAAAUCAAUAUUCGUACAGUACCGGUGAAGAUGGCGUUUCCGUUUUUGCCGAACUUAAAAUGGAAAAGCAAUCUUUUGUUCAGGGUGGGCAAAUGUGCGAUUUUUGUCAAUCUAACAGUUCAUUUGCGCAUCCAGCAACAAAUAUGGUUGAUGGCAGAGCAAGCUGGUGGCAAAGUCCGCCACUAAGCCGUGGGAUGCAGUACAAUCAAGUUAACAUUAGUAUUAAUCUGGGACAGGAAUUUCAUGUGGCUUAUGUAUGGAUUCAAAUGGCAAAUAGUCCUCGACCAGGAUCAUGGGUGCUAGAAAGAUCUGUUGACGGUGGAGAAACUUAUAUGCCUUGGCAGUAUUUUGCCGAAACGCCUGCUGAAUGUGAUCGCUUAUUCGGACGUCAUACACUCCAACCAAUAUUAGAAGAUGAUACUGUUAUAUGUACCCACGAAUUUUCUGGAAUUCAUCCCAUGGAGAAUGCAGAGAUAAUGAUAAAUUUGCUUGAGAACCGACCAGGAAAACACAACUUUAGUCAUUCUGAAGUUCUUCAAAACUUCACUCGUGCAACAAAUGUACGGCUAAGGCUUCUACGUACCAAAACGCUUCAUGGCCAUCUAAUGGAUGUCAACAGACGAGAUCCCACAGUGACACGGCGAUAUUUCUAUGCAAUCAAAGAAAUCUUUAUGGGAGGUCGUUGUGUUUGCAAUGGACAUGCGGAUACUUGUGAUAUUCUUGACGUUCGACGUUCCAAUAUACUCCUUUGCAGAUGUGAACAUAAUACCUGUGGAGAUCAUUGUGAAUACUGCUGCCCAGGAUUUGAACAGAAAAUGUGGCAACGAAGCAAGGAAGGCGCUGAAUUUGUGUGUGAACCGUGUAACUGUUACGGGCAUAGCGAGGAAUGCGUUUACGAAAAAGAACUUGACAGAAUGCAUUCAAGCAUAGAUAUUCAUGGAAGCUACGAUGGAGGCGGUCGUUGUCUAAACUGCAGAGACAAUACAGAAGGCAUAAACUGUAACAAAUGCGUCUUUGGAUACUAUCGGCCACGAACGAAAUGGUGGAAUGAAACAGAUGUAUGUCAACCUUGUGUAUGCGAUCCCACAAAACAUACAGGAGAUUGUGAGGAUGAAACAGCUCGUUGUUUCUGUAAGCCUCAGUUCACCGGGAUGAAUUGUGAUAGAUGCGCACCUGGUCACUACUCGCCUCCAAAAUGUAAACCUUGCGAUUGCUCUGUAAAUGGCACUUUGGAUGGUAGUUGCUUGCCUAUUAAUGGACGUUGCCCAUGUAAAAGUAAUUACGGAGGAGAGCUUUGCCAGGAAUGUGCACCAGGUUAUACAAACCUCACAGCCGGGUGUAUCUCUUGCAAUUGCAAUGAACUCGGAUCACUGCAUAAUAGUUGUAAUGAAAGCACAGCACAGUGUAUAUGCAAAACCAAUUUUGCUGGACUUACGUGCGAUAAUUGCGCUGAUGGAUACUUCGGCCAUGCUUUGUGUGAAUAUUGCAAUUGUGAUACAAUCGGUACGGAGGACGGUAUUUGUGACAAAGAGACUGGUGCUUGCCUGUGUAAGCCUGGAUUCUCUGGUUCUCGAUGCGAUGAGUGUAGCUUAAAUUUUUAUGGGUAUCCAUACUGCAAAGAAUGUGGAUGCAACGCACCUGGCUCGAAGUUAGCAGAGUGUGAUCGGAAAAAUGGUGAUUGUUCAUGUUAUGCAAAUUUCACCAGUAGAAAAUGUGAUCGUUGUGCUGCUGGAUUUUAUGAUUUCCCGAAUUGCAAGCCAUGUUCGUGUCUGACCAUUGGCUCCAAAGGAAUGACUUGCGAUAACAACGGACAGUGUUAUUGUAAACCGAAUUUCCAAGGUGAAAGAUGUGAUCAAUGCAAAACGAAUUUCUACAAUUUUCCGAUCUGCGAAGAAUGUAAUUGUAAUCCAAAGGGGGUAGUGGCGGGUUUUGCUGGUUGCGAUAAGGUUGAACCGGGUGAAUUAUGUACCUGCAAAACGCAUGUUGCGGGUCGUAUAUGUGAUCAGUGCAAACCGACCUACUGGGAUUUGCAAUAUUAUCAUGAAGAUGGGUGUGUACGAUGUGAUUGCAAUUUGGCUGGUACACUUUCGGGACUAAAUGAAUGCAGUAUCGAGGGAGGACAGUGCAACUGUAAAAGACAUGUCGUUGGUCGUCGAUGCGAUAAAUGUGCUGAUGGAUUUUUUCAACUAAAAGUGCAUAAUCAGUUUGGAUGUCAAGCUUGCAAUUGCGACGUUGGUGGUGCAUUGGGAGCUGGCUGCGAUAUGCAAACAGGGCAAUGUCGUUGCAGACCUCGGAUCACUGGUCAGAAGUGUGACAGACCGAUCGAAAAUCAUUACUUCCCAACACUGUGGCACAACAAAUACGAAGCGGAAGACGGCAUAUCGAUGGAACAAAAUUCCGUGCGUUUUGCCACCGAUAAAAACAAAUUUCCAAAUUAUUCAUGGAGGGGAUAUACGGUAUUCUCACCGAUCCAAGAAGACGUUCUGUUGGAUAUAGUAGUUAGCAAAGCCAGUCUUUAUCGUGUUCUUUUCCACUACGUUAAUCCAACCGAUGUUCAAAUUGAUACCAGUGUUGCGGUUAUGCCUCUUUUCACGCAUACUCAAGAUAUGGAGCAAAGAACCAGGCUGAACCUUUCACCAACAUCUGAACCAACAACCGUAGCUGUCAAUCCCAAACAACCAUUCAUCUUAAAUCCUGGAAAAUGGCGCAUCAAGAUUUCAACCAAACAACGACUUUUUCUGGAUUACAUCGUACUGCUGCCCUCAGAAUAUUACGAAGGGACGGUCUUGAAGGAGCGGAUUUUUGAACCAUGUCAAGUACUUGAUUCUCAGAACACAACAUGCUUUGACUUGUUGUAUCCACCCCUUCAAAUUGCAUCACAAGCAGACACUAUUGAAGAUGGAUUUAUGAUAGAAGAACAAAAUGACAGUAACACAAUACAAAUUGAUGAGAUUCCGAUAGAGAACUUGUCUGCCAUUUUCGGUGAAACAGCAUUUGUGCGGGCUAACAGCAAAGGUCGUAAAAUUCGCAUGUCCUUAAAGGUACCAGAAAAUGAUUAUUAUAUUUUCUUACUGGAAUACUACAACGCGAACCCAAAAACAAUUCCGCUAACUUUGGAAGUGAGGCAAUACGGUCAGCUUCUAAUGAGGGAGAGCAUUAUCCUUAAACACUGCCCAUAUUCGACAUUUUGUCGUGAUAUCGCAUCAUCUGAUGCUGGUGUUGCAUUGAUGCAUUUGAAAGAUGGAGAAGAUGUAGCUGUUGCAUUAAUUGCUGAACCAAAAUAUGAAUUUAGUUUAGCCGCAGCUAAUCUUAUUAGAAUGGGAGAUUGGGAUGUCAGCUAUCUUCGACAAGUCCCUGUAUGUAUUCGUAAAAAUGGACAUUGUAUGAGUCAGUGGUUUCCUCCUGUAGCAAACGGUAUUCUGAACGAAGCUGAGUCACAGAUGAAUGCGAAUAAUUCAAUCAGCGGUGAAAAGUUGCCGUUUAUCGUUGCCAACCCGAAAGAAGUUCAAGUUAUAGCCCUCGAUGAAAACAUGGGUACAGUAGAAAUAUCUGGAGUAGUACCAUCUCAUGACCAUUAUGUUUUCAUUGUACAGUACUUCAAUCCGGACAAUACAUUGCUAACUGUAGACGCUACGGUCCAGAAUGGUCACCUUCAUCACGCAGAGAUACUAUUUUCUUACUGCCCAACUGUUAUUGGUUGUCGGGCAGUAAUUCGAGACAAAGAACGGAAAGAUGUGAUACAGUUUUUCAUUGAUGAUAAGUAUACUGCGUCAUUCUAUUUUAAUGAAAGCCAAAAAGGACCGUUGUACAUUGACUCGAUAACAUCCCUGCCAUUCCAUUCAUAUAGCGACACAUUAUUGACCCCAUUGCCUAUCGAUGUCUCUAUUCAGUAUAUACAGGAAUGCAGUUUGAAUAAUUUCAGAAAUGAUCCGUCAAAUGUAAGUGAAUACUGUCGUCAGAAAGUGUUCUCCCUAACUUCCGAGUACAAUAUGGCAGCACUUCCAUGUGAAUGUAGUUCUCAAGGCAGUACAAGUUUCAUGUGCGAAAAAUAUGGUGGCGAAUGUUCUUGCCGCCCUAACAUAAUAGGACGUCGAUGUGAUCGUUGCGCACCUGGCUAUUACAGUUUCCCAGAUUGCAUUAAAUGUAAAUGUCCAGACAAUCACUUAUGCGAUGAGAAUACCGGUCAAUGUUUCUGUCCAUCACAUGUAGAAGGGAAGCACUGUGACAGUUGCGUACCCUACGCCUUCGGUUAUGAUCCUUUAAUUGGUUGCCAGCUGUGUGGCUGUCAGCAAAAUGGUUCAGAAGCACGGCAACUUCAGUGUGAUCCAGACAAUGGACAGUGCUUGUGCAAAGCCAAUGUUGGUGGUAGGAAAUGUGACAAAUGUUUACCAGGUUUCUAUGGCUUUCCACACUGUUACGAAUGCGCAUGCGAAAUAAAAGGUACCACCGAAGAAAUUUGUGAAUCAACUAAUGCCGCUUGUAAAUGCAAGAAAAAUGUAAUUGGUGAAAAUUGCGAUAUUUGUCGUCCUGGUACUUUCGACUUACGUGCAUCGAACUCUGAUGGCUGUGCGGAAUGUUUCUGUUUUGGUGCCACCGAUCGCUGCCGAUCUUCAUUUCUUCCCGUUUCUUUUGUGAAUUUCGAUGAGGAAGCAUGGAAAGUGCAUCCGAAUGAAUCUGUACUACAUUCGCAUGGUAAGGUAGUAUAUGAAGCGAAAAUUGAUGGUAAAGACGAUGUUUAUUUUUUGGCUCCAAUAGGAUCAGACCACGACUUCACUACUUCUUAUGGCUUACAACUGUCUUUCGUGAUAUUAUCCAAUCCGCGAGAUGGUGAAACCAAAAUGAGUUCUGCACCUGAUGUUCAGUUGGUUGGGAAUAAUACAGUACUGGAUUUUUGGGCUCGAGAACAGCCAGCUAAUCCACGAAUACCAUUCAGCGUUGAAAUCAAACUUUUGCCUGAAAAUUUCAUGGAAUCGACAGGGGAACCAACGACUCGUGACACUCUGAUGAUGGUGUUACACGACUUAGGUGAACUUAGGAUUAAGGCUUGUUAUUAUACGAAUUGCGAACUGGCGGCAGUUAGUGAAUUACAACUCGAAAUAGCUAAGGAUGAUCAAGCCACUGGUGAUAGUUACACAGCUUCUUCUGUCGAAAUAUGCCAGUGCCCACCACCUUAUACUGGACUUUCUUGUCAGCAAUGUUCUCCUGGUUAUUACCGCGUCAAUAGCGGUCGAUAUCUUGGUUCCUGUGUCCCUUGCAAUUGUAAUGGUCAUUCUGGCAGCUGCGAUUCGACUACUGGAAUUUGUUUCGAUUGUGAGCAUGACACUUUUGGCGAUCAUUGCGAAUUUUGUAGGGUAGGAUUCUAUGGUGAUGCCAUCAAAGGAGGGCCUUAUUCAUGUUUGCCAUGUCCUUGUCCAUAUGCUACUGAUACGAAUAACUUUGCAACAAGUUGUCAGGUCAGUGAAACGGGACUAUUAGAGUCAUGCUUCUGUAAGAAAGGAUAUACCUCUGAUCACUGUGAGCGAUGCGAUGUUGGAUAUCAUGGUCAGCCUACUGCAGUCGAUGGUUCUUGUCAUAAAUGUGACUGCAAUAACAAUAACGAUCUUAGUGUGGACGGUUCUUGUCAUCCUAUAACCGGUGAUUGCUAUCUUUGUUUAAAUAAUACCGAUGGUGCACACUGCGAACAUUGCAAACCGUGGUUUUAUGGUGAUGCUGUGGAAGCUAAAAAUUGUACAGACUGUGCAUGUAAUCAAUGCGGCAGUUCAUUAUGUGACAACAGAUCUGGAAGAUGUGAGUGCUUAGCGAAUGUAGAAGGAGAAAAGUGUGAUCGCUGUGUGAUGAACGCAUGGGGUUUCAUGCGAUGCCACGGAUGCGAAAUGUGCAACUGUGCCUUGGCAUCAUCAAGCCCUCAAUGUGAUGCUGAGACUGGACAAUGUUCCUGUAUGCCUGGAGCUGCUGGACAAAUGUGCGAAAUUUGUGAGUACGGCUACUGGAAUUAUGGACCUACCGGAUGCUCGAAAUGUGAUUGUGAAGCAGAUUUAUCGAUGGGAACAGUGUGUGACGUUAACACAGGGCAAUGCCAUUGUCAGGAAGGUGCUACCGGACCUCGGUGCGAUCAGUGCGCCUCACAGUACCUGCGAAUACCAAAUUUUGGAUGCCGAUUGUGCGAUGAAUGUGUUCACUCAGUGAUGUAUGAUCUGGACAGAUUAAUCGAUACUGUUGAUUUUGUUAACGGAACAAUCAACAGUAUUUCAACGACUGCUCUUACGGGUUCUCGUCUUAAACGUAUUCGUAAGAAAAUCGACGAUUUGAAGUCGGUAAUUUUAAAUCACAUGAACUCAAGUGAUGUGGGUGUUGAAAGUUUAUCUAGCGAUGUAUUUGGUGCAAUUUCUGAUGUUGUUGGUGUAGUUGUUCGUGCAAAUCGAACUUUGGAUACACUUAGUGCCACGGAUAAUGCUAUGAAUGGUAUCAUCAACAGAGCUAAUAUCUUUCCAUCGGAUGUAUUUGAUCGUGUUGAAAUGGCAGCAUCAAUUGUUGAUUCCUUAAAAAAUCUUGCCUUCUCACUUGGCAAAGAUUCCAAUGCUGUAGAUCGUCAGGAAUGGUUGAUAGUUUCAACCUCGCUUUUAGAAAAAAUCCGUGAUGCUACGAACGAUAAAGAGACGAGGGAACGAGUGCAAGAUGCAGAAGAUGAAAUACGAAAAUUGUUGAAACGUAUGAAAGAGCUAAAAGAUAAAGGAAAUGUGAUACAUGCAAAGUACUUUAAUGUGAAGGAUCAAGUGGACACGCUAAUAAAUAACAUUACAGAGUAUCGUUCCUUUCUUUAUCAAGUGGCCAGUUCGGUUGAACAUAGCCUUCAACGAGUGAAUUACUCAAACAUACGUCGUAUGGAUUCGAUACAAGCUGGAGUAAAAGCAGGCGAAGCGAAGAUCAAAGAAACUCAUGCAUUUAUCAAAGAUCUAAAAGCAACCUCCGAAACCUUCAUAAAAUCAUUAAGUAAUUUGAACAAAACGCUUCGCGAAGUAAUGAGCAAAGUUCAAGAUGUGUUCGGUCAGCUGAAUAUUAUGAAUGGCAGAUAUCGUCAUGGGCGGAUACGUAGCAUUAAUAAGAAUGAAUACAGGAACAAGUCGAAAGAACUGGAAACUGAGGCAUUAUUUUUAUCAUCUUUGUUUGGUAGAACGCGGACCGAAGCAAAGAAUGCGAUAGUAGCUGCUAAUGGAUACAAAGAAUUGAUGGAACAUUUGAAAAAAGCACGAAAUAUGACAAAUCAAGCAUCCUUAAAUGCAGAACAAGCUAAAAGAUUCCAUGAAGAAGGAGCGGCAGCAUCAGCGAAAACACUUCGUGAGCAAUCGGCUGAUUUGCUACGUUCUGCCGUUGAUCUAAAACUGUCAAGUAUAAACAAUGUAGAUAGCUUGAAAGUCGUUUUCUUCGAAAAAGCGUCAAAAUUACAAUUCCUUAUCGAGAACCAGAAAAGAAUCCUAGAAAGCCUUCGUCCUAAAUUCGAUGACAGAGAAGUGAAUGCAAAAUUAGAACAUUCUCUAAGUACUUCGGAAGAGGCAAGAACAAGAACUGACGGUGCCAUUUUCUUAUUUGAUCGGUUCAAGCCCGAUUUGGAAGAAAUGAUUAGUCGUAGCGAGAAGCUCGUUGGAUCAGUUUCAGUCUCUGCUAAUGAUGUUGAUACUGCUAGAGAGCAGAUUUCGAAGCUGGUAAACGAAAGUUCACCGAUCAUGGCAAAGCUAAAAGUGCAGCAGAACGCAGCUUCAAAUACUUCAGCAACAAUAGAACAUUGCCGUGAAAAGCUAAAUUUGUUAAAAGAAAAGAUCGCUCUCGCACGAGACUUGGCCAACAGGAUCAAGUUGGGUGCGCAUUUCGAAAAAGGAAGCAUUUUAGAGUUGCCAUUACCUCCGCGAAUAACGCGUUCUGCAGCAUACACUAACAUCGAAUUUUUCUUCAGAACGACGAACAUUAGUGGUUUAUUAUUAUUCUUUGGUAAUGAAGUUGGCGUUUCUGGAACACGUGCUGUGCCAACCGAUGAUUACAUUGCUGUUGAAAUAGAAAAAGGUCAUUUGCGAAUAAUUGUUAAUCUUGGUGAAGCACCCACACAACUGGUUUCGGAUUCCUUUGUCGCUGACGGCAAUUGGCGAAAAGUUGCUGUAGAUCGUGUUGGCAAGACAAUUAAACUACGAGUAUCAUCAGCAAAUUCCGCAAAUUACGAGGAAGAAAAAACGAAAACCAUAGACGGCUUCAAAUCGAUUCUCAAUCUUCAUCAAAAGAAAAGCCGCUUAUUUAUUGGCGGUAUUGUUCCCGGUGUGAAUAUUUCACCGGAUGUACACACUCGCGAAUUCACUGGUGAUGUCGAAGAUUUGCGUAUUCACGGUGAAACAGUCGGUCUGUGGAAUGCCAAAAAAGGAGGUAAUUACAAUGUACUGGGUGCGAUGAAAAAAAUUUUUGCCACUUCGUUGACCGAUGAAAUUGCAUUGAGCUUUAAUGGAAAUGGAUACGCCGUUCACAAACUGGGUAUUUGGAAUCCACGGAAGCAAACAGUUUUCUCUUUGAUCUUUCAGACACAUUCUCCCGACGGACUAUUCUUAUACCUUGGAAAAGAACGUGAUUUUCUAUCUCUUGAACUACAAGAUGGUAGAGUGAAGCUCUCAUUUGAUUUUGGUUCGGGUGUUGGAAAACUGACAACUACGGAUAAUAAUUACAACGAUGGCAAGCCUCAUUCUGUGUACGUGCACCGAUUAGAACGUCAUGCUCGUAUGCGGGUAGAUGAUGAUGAUGUUUCGGAAGGUGAUUCACCUGGUACAAUGUUCGAACUCAGCAUAUCUGAUGUUCUGUAUUUGGGCGGUGUGCCGUCCGAUGUUUCGACACGCACAGCGGUUGUGCCGAUGAAUGGAUGUAUAAAACAUGUGAAGCUGGACAAUCGCUUAAUGGAUCUGAGUAAAUCAAAAACGGCGAAAGGAGUGCAGCUGGGAUGCAACGCUCGAAAUGUACACGUUAUUUCAAUGGUAUCGGAACAUUCCAUCGCUUCUUUCAGCAGUUUCAGUACUAAAAAAGAUCGUCUUGAAUUGACAUUCCGAUUUAAAACAAAACGACCGUCUGGUAUUCUCGCAUCUGUUAUUUCCGACGAACAGGAAGUGCUCUUCCAAGUGCGUUACCAGAAUGGAUUUAUUUUGGCUGAGUACGGGUCUGACAACAAGGAUGUUGCUCAAAUCGAAUUCAGAUCAGUCGCUGAUGGGCAAUGGCAUUACUUCGCAGCUAUAGUGAAGCCGGAAAGUAUACGGCUGGAUUUGGAUGAUCUUUAUUCAAGUGAGAUUCGGAGGACUGUUGCUGAUAAUGAGGUAAUCGGUGUACCGAUCAUUGUGCAGUUUGGUCAGUUAUUGGAUUCCAAUUUACAUUUCGAAGGAUGCAUUGGUGAUGCAACAUAUAAUGGUCAAUUACUCGAUUUUACUGAGGCAUCAACUAAAGGGGUAAGUCUAACGGGCUGUUCUUUUCCGGAAGACAUCUCGAUAACAGAUAUACCUUUUGGACAAACAACAACGAAUGAACCUAUGAAUAUUGCCAUACCUGGAAUAAACAGCAUGCAACUAUUUGUGACAAAAACCGAUAAAGAAUUCACUGCAGACAGUAGAAUAUCAUCCGGAACAUCAUCCCUCUCAAGACUAAGAGGAAUUGCUCGCAAGUCAGAUGAAUGUGCAUUUUUGAGACAGUCCCAUGGCGAUAGGCCAGAUUCCAGUGGUACUCGAUUUGGUUUAUCUCCUUCAUCACGUCUUGAAUUCGAUAAGCCACCUGCUUCGUUUGAUAAAAACAGCCUUUUCUCGAUACAAUUACGAGCUACGGCGUCAAAUGGAAUAAUUAUGUUCGCGACGAAUAACAGACAUACUGAUUACAUAGCCUUAUAUCUCGUCAACGGCAUCGUUCAUUUUGCUUACAAUUCCGGAUCAGGACAAGCUGUUCUAAAAUCAAGUCGAAGUGUGAUGGAUGAUGAAUGGCACAGUAUAAGAGCGGAACGCGAAGGCCUUGCGGGAACAUUAUAUAUUGACAACGUAAUGGAAUCAAAUGGACAGUCUCCUUCUGGAACUAAUGCAGUUGAUACUCAACCACCAAUCUAUAUUGGAGGACUUCCAUCAGAUCUUGUGCCUUUUGCAUCCAGAAUAUUACCAGGUGCUAAAUCGGUUUUUGGUGGAUGUCUCAGAGAUUUCAAGCUUAACGAAAUGAAGUUUGAUGUGCCUCCAGCAGAGAUUGGUACAGUGCCAUGCAGUCAAUACACUGAAGAAGGAUUAUAUUUUGGAGAGAAUGGUGGCUACGCUAUAUUAAACAAAAAUCUGAAGGUUGGGUCAUCGUUCAAUAUUGAGUUAGAAGUGCGACCGCGAACAAAAACUGCCGUUUUGUUAUCAGUUGGUAUUCUGGAAUAUUUAACACUUCAGUUAUUCAAUGGCACAGUUAAAUUCACUGUGGAUAAUGGUGCGGGUCCGGAAACGGUAUCACACAUACCGAGCAUGACCAAUGCUCUAUGCGAUGGGCACUGGCAUCACAUUAAGCUUUAUAAAACGAAGAAUCUGAUGACUUUGACUGUCGAUGGCAGAAGCAGUUUAAACAUAAUGAAGAAAGGUAAAAAGACAGACACGAAUACGAAGGAUCCACUAUAUUUGGGUGGUGUUCCCAAAGGCAUUAGAUCGAGUGGUCUGGAAACAACAGAAGGAUUUCUUGGCUGUGUUCGUGUUUUGAAUAUGGGAAAAAAACCGCGGAAGCGAAAAAACGUUGACUUGUCACAAGUGUCUCUAUUUGGUGAUAUUACAAAGAAUUCUUGUCCUGUCAAUUGAAACCAGGUCAAUAAUGCUUUAAAUGCUUAACUUUUC